GCAGAUGAGACCGGGACGCUGCUACAGGUGAGGUCAAUUCCUCAAAAUAGAUAGUUUACAGAUACGCAGUGCUGCCAAUCUAAAUCCAGAACUUUUAACAUUGAAUAUAUAGAACUGCUCACGUUACUGAAGCGCUUUCAAAUGUUCUAGCACGGUCCAACUGUCAAACGACACCUUCUCUGUUCAAAAUUGGCUGCCGCAAGGGGAAUGCAAAAUCAUUGGUCGGUUCUCAAGUGCUCGUACUUAGACCGUGACUCUAUCUCCGAGUAACGUUAAUGGAACACAAUGCAGUAAAUCAGCUCCAGAGCUUAUGCAAUUUUUAAAUUUUAUUAAUUUAUUUGGGUCGGUUCAAAGUCCAGGUCUCUCUGGUGCCUUCUCCCUCCUUCCUUCUCUCUCUCUCUCUCAAUUUGGUCUGGAGCUCUAUUUGUCAUCAAUUACAAACCCUAGAAAGCUUUUGGAGGUUGGUGGAUUUAUUCUCGAUUCAUCCACCUUGCAAUGUCUGUGUUGUUUAUUUGUCAUGAGAAGCUUCACGUAUUGCUGAGAACAAGGUCAGCUCCUGUUUCGUUUGAUGAUUUCGCAUUCCAGAUUCCUGGGUUCUUGCAUCUUUUAAUAAGUGUGAUAGCGAUCCUUGUGGUUUUGGAUUCCAAUUGCCGAUAUUGACAUGAGCGCUCCAGUGUUUUUCUUCUUCUUUGAUCAUGAUGCUUCAUUUCUGUUGAAAUGGUCAGUAGGAGUGAUAGCUGUGGCAAUGUCCUUUGCAGUUUAAUUCUAACUUGGCAUCCUUCGCAAUGCAAUCAAUAUCAAAUGAUAGCCGGGCAGAGGAUAGUUCAGAAACAGAACCCAUCUUAUCUCAGUGCAAUGUUUUGCAAAGCUCCGAGGAACCUUCAUCUUCAUCUGAAAUUGGAAUUGUGAGAAUUGAUUGUUCUGUGGCUGAUGAUUGUUCAGUGGCUGAUGAUGAUGCACAUAUUAUUGAUGUGGACGAAAAUUGCAGUCUGGUAAACUCAGAGCAACCACAAUGCCGUAUAUGCCUAGAGAAUGGAGGAGAAGACUUGAUUGCACCAUGCCAUUGCAGAGGCACACAGAAGUAUGUGCAUAGAUCAUGCCUUGAUAAUUGGAGGUCAACCAAGGAGGGCUUUGCUUUUGCUCACUGUACAGAGUGCAGGGCAGUUUUCAUACUACGAGCAAAUGUGCCAGCGGAUCGCUGGUGGUUGAGAAUGAAAUUUCAGCUUCUUGUUGCUAGAGACCAUGCAUUCAUUUUUGUUGUUGUUCAGAUGAUUGUAGCGUUCUUAGGUGUGCUGGUGUACAAAUUUUAUGGUGAGGAAUUAAGGGAAAUGUUUGGUUAUGAAGAGCACCCUUAUGGGUUUUAUGCAAUGGCCGUUUUAGCUAUUGUUUUGGUGGGCUUGCUCUAUGGUUUUUUCAUUGCCAUCAUAUGUGGACAGAGGAUAAACGAGCGCCACCACCAUGUUCUUGAGAAGCAAGAACUGACAAAGGAGUAUGUGGUACAAGACCGAGAAAUUAAUAAAGAUGUCCCUGAACUCGACCCCAGCCAUGUCACAGAGCUAAGAAUGCUGGGUCUUUAUUAAGCCAGAAGUCACUGCCUUCAUCCUGGUUUUCCAGUCCUGCCAUGCUCGCACUGGUGAUUUCAAUAGCAGCAUUAAAAUCGAUCAACUCGAUGCAAAAUCUGAAAAGUGUGCAGAAAACCAUCCAAAAUAGUCAAAGUCUUCCAUGUUACUGCUUUGUUCCUCUAGGUCAGAGAGAAAUGUUCUCUGUUUUGCUAGAAUCAACUGUUCCUGUCAAGAUCGGGUUGUUGGUUUGUGUUAUUUUUGUAAUAUGAGGUAUGAGUCUCUGUUCGUUAUCUUGUUUUUUUGUAUUGUAACACAAGAAGGGAAACAAGAAGAUGUGCUGAGUUUUAUUUUUUUGGCAACUCUGUAUAAAAAAAAAUGCCGUAGUUCAGGUGAAAAGAAAUUCAUAGGCAUGUACAUUAUGAAGUCUUCUAUUAUAUUAUUAUAAUUAUUAAUAUUAUUGUUAUUUAA